AUGUACAUUUUGGUGAACGUCGAACGCCACAAACAUGUGAUGGGAGAAAUUGUGCACAAUCUGGUAUCCGAAUAUGGUGUGCCGAUUUCGAUUGUUGACAGCAUUCAAAAGAUUUGCCCCAAGUGCUCGGCGAGCAGCAGCGCGGCGGCGGCCGCCGGCGGCAGUAGCAGCAGCAGCUCAUCUGAAGACGCCAAAAGCGAUGAGACGACGACGGAGAAUGACGGAGGAACUAUACCGCAGGAGACGAAGCCUAUUAUAGCCAAAUCGAUUCCGUCGUCGAGAUCCAGCGUUGUCGCUGAGCACAACUCAGAGCCGAAAGCGAAGCAGAGAAAAAUUGAGCAAGAGGCGACGCCCGAAUUGGAGGACCCUUCAUCAUCAUUCACCGAUGUUUUCAAAUCGGCCGCCUCAUUCAAAGAUGCGUCAAUUCUCGAGAAUGCCAUUGCGAAUGCGUUCCAAAAUAGCCGCAACAACGGAUUAGACAAGCCGUUUUUCCCAGCGAAAACGUCGGCGGGCAGCGACGACGGCAAUUCGAAUUCGAGCAAUUUGGAUCAGGAUGACGAUGAUUAUAAUUCUGGAUUAUGCAUUAACCCGCAGCUUUUGGCUAGCUUUAUCUCAUCGACACCCAACAUAUUUGCCACUGAUUUGAAUUUAUCGACGCCGACGACGCCGAAUAAUGAGAGGAAGGUGCCGAUUAAGGAUAUACCGCCGUGUUUAAGCACUAAUGGUAAAUUCCGAAGGGGACGAAUCGUUUACACACAAAAUGAGCUGGACGUUCUUGAGAAGUAUUACUCUGAGGACCCGAAUGCUUGUGCGGAUUUGAAGAAGCGGGAGCAAAUGUGCAAUUUGUUGAAUAUUGAUUAUCAUCGCUUGAAAGUUUGGUUCCAAAAUCGACGACGAAAGGACAAACUACGUAACAAGAAUGAUGAUGAGGAAGUGCAUGAGCACGGGAGUCUCAUGGAUCUGCUCGCCGCAUAA